GGGUAACAUUAUAUCAUGCGCAUUGCCAUUAAAACACGCAUUGCUUUUAAUUUAGUAUUUUACAUUGUUGUUUAUAUUUCCCGCGAGAAGCGCAGAACCCUCCGAGCGGCGUUCAACACCGCUGUGUUGUCGAACGUUGCCAAACGCGUCAGCUCGCUUGAAAUGAGAGUGCUAACACGGCUUCAAACGUCUUCUCUUCGAGAGAAAAUAUUCUCACCGGCUCUGUGUUUUUCUCAAUAUACCAAAAUCCUCCGGAAGAAGCGAAAAUGCGCUGCGGUGGAAGCAGAGCCAGAGAGCCAGCCUCCGUGUCCUCUGUCCCCGGAGCAGCUGGAUAGGAUCGCCCGCAACAAGAGAGCGGCGCUGGAGAGGCUGGCUACCGCUCACACGCCUCCAGGGUUCGGGGAGAGCUGGAGGAAGGAGCUACAAGCUGAGUUUGUAAAGCCUUACUUUAAAAAGCUGAUGGAUUUUGUGUCUGAAGAGAGGAAACGCUGCACAGUUUACCCACCUGCUGAUCAAGUGUUUACCUGGACCGAGAUGUGCAGCAUUAGAGAUGUUAAAGUUGUCAUUCUGGGUCAAGAUCCGUAUCAUGGUCCUGGUCAAGCUCACGGUCUGUGCUUCAGUGUGAAAAGACCGGUUCCCCCUCCUCCUAGUUUGGAAAACAUGUACAAAGAGUUGGCUUCAGACAUCGAAGGCUUUCAGCACCCAGGUCAUGGAGACCUCACAGGAUGGGCUAAACAGGGUGUGCUUUUGCUCAACGCUGUGCUGACCGUCAAAGCGCACCAAGCCAACUCCCACAAAGAUAAAGGCUGGGAGAACUUCACUGACGCUGUGGUGCAGUGGCUCAGCAGCAACCUGGAGGGUGUCGUCUUCAUGCUGUGGGGAUCGUAUGCGCAAAAAAAAGGGGCUUCCAUUAACAGAAAGCGCCACCACGUCCUUCAGGCUGUGCAUCCUUCUCCUCUGUCUGCUCAUCGAGGAUUUUUUGGAUGCAAGCAUUUCUCAAAGGCAAAUGACUUGCUAGAAAAACAAGGAAAGUCUCCCAUUGACUGGAAGGCUCUCUGACUUCUUUGUCAGCUUUUCUAAAGCACGUGUUGAUUAACUACAGACCAGAAACACCUAUAAGCUUUUGGUUGCUCUUUCAGCACAAGUAUGUUAUGUUCAUGUUUUUAUGAAGCAGACCAUGUCUGCAGAUUGUUCUGUUUUCAUAGCCUCAUGUUUGUUUAGCUCAUCUGCAUUGAUUUGUUUCAUUUUUGUAAAUAAUUUUCUUCUUCCUGCUCUUUAAGUUUGUAGAUUAAAGUUUCUAUGUAAUGCUUGAUAUAUUAAACAGGUUUUUCUAUUUC